AAAAAACCUAACAAAUUACUCGUUUCUUCCUCCGCCGGCGGACGCCUGACGGCGCAGAGCAGUGGGGGAAAAAAAUGGAGGAGCCGUCGACGGUGCGGAGGCUACCGGAGGACCUUCUAGUGGACAUCCUCCGGCGCCUCCCGCCGCACACCUUGGCCGCGGCCCGGUGCGUGCGCAAGUCCUGGCUGCGCGCAAUCGACGGCCGCCGCCUCAUGGACCUCCUCCCUCUCCCACUCGCCGGCUUCUUCCUCAACUUCAACGGCCACCUCUUCCCGGAAUUCUUCGCCCGCCCGUCCACCAUGCCCUCCGGUGCCGCAAUCAGCGGCGAGCUCCACUCCAUCCUGCGGUGCGGCGCCGCCCCCGGCCUGUUCGUCAAAGACCACUGCAACGGGCUCCUGCUGCUCUACAGCGGCCACGUCGUCAACCCCGCCGGCCGCCUCUGGGACGAGCUCCCCCGCCGCCCGCGGCCGUUGGAAAUAGCCUUGGAGACCAGCGUGGGGCUGGGGUUCCAGCCACAGGACUACCUCGUCUUCGACGGGCCCUCGGAGUCGCCGGCGGUGGUGAGCUACGAGGUGGUCACCAUCUCGCAUGCCGGGUACUGCCCGCCCCCCGGGGAACUCUUGGAUCACGAGGUCAAGCAGUUGGAAUGGCCGCCGUCGCCGUUCCUGUUCCAGGUAUUCUCUUCCAGGACGAAUCGCUGGGAGGAGAGGCCGUUUAUCAGGGAAGGGGAGCCGGUUGGGACCGUCGGCGACAUGGAGCGUGCUUGGCCCGGCGGUGAUUAUCAGUAUGCUGUUUACUGGCGUGGACAACUCUAUGUGCAACGCAGCUUCCUUAUCAGAAUAUCCUUGUCGAGUGGCAAGUACCAGGUGAUUAAACUGCCCAAAGGUAUUAGUUCAAGCGAAGGAUAUCCAGAAUAUAGACUUGGAAAAUCAGAGAAGGGUGUGUAUUUCGCGUCGCUUGAUUUUCGUGACCGGCUUCAAGUUUGGAUCCUCGAGGAAACCGAUGGCAAUACUAAGUGGGUGCUAAAGCAUCAGGCUGACCUUCAGCAUAAACUCGCACAUCGAAAUUACCACAGUGGGAGAGUUUGCGGGCCUUGGAUCAUGAGAGAUAUCAACUACGAUUUCUACCGUCCUUAUAGCUUUCCGUAUGACACCCCACGGCUGCCAUCGUCACAAGAUGCAUUUGAAUGGGACUCUGACAACGAUGAUGUUCUUGAAGUCAAUGAUAAGGGUCCCAAGCCUUACAGAGGGUGUCUUUCGAUGCUUGGAUUUCAUCCUCAUAAAGAAGUCAUCUUUCUAAGCGAGGCAUGCAACAGAGGACUGGCGUAUCAUUUGAACACUUCAAAGUUUCAAGACUUGGGUGACUUGUGCCCGAGACGAUAUAACCAUUUCGUUGGCAAACGGAAGUUUAUAUUGCAGUCUUUUCCCUACACCCCGUGCUGGACCAUGGAGUUUCCUUAACAAAAGAAGAUUCAUUUUAUACAGCAGCCGUCAUAGAUUCCCAGCUAUAUCAGCAGCAAUCUUUAUUGGAGAAUUCAAAUCCGAGUGAACAAGUGUCUUGCUAUAUAUGUAAUGCAUGUUACAUUAUCAGUCUGUACUCUAGUACAUGUAUUCUUAUUCGUUUCUUCUCUAGAUUCUAAAUAGUAUCAUGGACCGUGCAUUUGCCCAGUAAUGCUAUUGUGUUGUUAACAUUCUGUAGCAUAUUUUCAUACAGCCUUUAUGACU